AGAAAAAAGUCCUUCUAACUUAAGCCCAUCUACUCAAAAAACAAAUCCCCAAACAAAAAAAUUAUCAUAAUUUCAUUAUAACCCCUCUACCUUAUUAUUAUUUCCCCAACCCGUCCCUUCCAGCUCUCACUUCACUGCUUCACCAUUCAUCGUCCAUAGCCAAAAACUCAACGCAGAAACCCUAAAUCCCCAAAAUGCGAGUCUUAGCCUCUCGAACCUCCAAUCUCUUCAAGCUCAAUGUCGAGCACUUUCUACUAAUCCACAACCCUAAUUUCAACUCCGUCAGAGAAUUCUCGCAAUCCACCGCAAUCCCCAAAAAGCAACUUAGGGUUCGCGACCAUGGCUAUGACAACUACAUGGAAGUCGAGAAGAAAACGCGCAAGGUCCUAAAAUUCCAGAACCUCAUCCUCUCGGAACCUUCCCAAUCGCUCCCAAUCUCGCGCCUUGAGACGCUCGCGCGGCGCUUCGGCUUCACGCGCCACGAGUCCGGCGCGUUCGUCCUCAAGUUCCCGCACGUGUUCGAAAUCUUCGAGCACCCUGUGCAGCGCAUCCUUUUCUGCCGCCUCACCCGCAAGGCCAUCCUCCAGAUCGAGCAGGAGCGUCGUGCACUAGCCGCGGAGCUCCCACGCGCUGUCACGCGCCUCCGGAAGCUCCUCAUGAUGUCGAACCAUGGCCGCCUCCGCCUCGAGCACGUGCGCAUCGCACGCGCCGCGUAUGGGCUCCCGGACGACUUUGAAAACUCGGUGGUGCUGAGGUACCCUCAGUUUUUCCGUUUGAUUGAUGCUAAGGAAACUAGGAACAAGUACAUUGAGGUUGUGGAGAGAGACCCUGGGUUAGGAACUUGUGCAAUUGAGGAAGCUAGGGAAAGGGUUUAUAGAGAGAGAGGAAGUGAUGCUGAGGAUAUUAGGUUUUCUUUUGUGAUUGAUUUUCCACCUGGUUUUAAGAUUGGUAAGUAUUUUAGGAUUGCAAUGUGGAAGUGGCAGAGGCUUCCUUAUUGGUCCCCUUAUGAGGAUGUUUCCGGGUAUGAUUUGAGGUCCAUUGAGGCCCAGAAGAGGAUGGAGAAGAGGGCUGUUGCCACCAUUCACGAGUUGUUGUCCUUGACUGUGGAGAAGAAGAUUACGCUGGAGAGGAUUGCGCAUUUCCGGAUGGCCAUGAACCUGCCCAAGAAGUUGAAGGAUUUUUUGCUGCAGCACCAGGGGAUUUUUUAUGUCUCCACAAGGGGGAAUCAGGGAAAGCUUCACACUGUUUUCCUUAGGGAGGCAUAUAGGAAGGGCGAGCUGAUCGAGCCGAAUGAGUUGUAUUUGGCGCGGAGGAAGCUGGCCGAGCUUGUCCUGUUGAGCCCUCGGAAGGCUAAGGUUGAUGGGGAGUUGGUUGGGUAUAGGAGAAGCAGGUUAGAGGAUGAAAUGGGGCAGGUAACUAGAGCAUAUGUGGAGGAUGCUUGUGAAGACUUUAAGGGCAAAGAUGAUUCGGGGCGGGAUAAGGAUGCAGAGGAUGAUUUGACAUCAGAUAUAGGCUCCGAUGUUGAUUUGGGAGAUGAGGAUGAUGAUUGUGUGGAUAAUGUGUCGUUGCAGAGGAAAUCUUAGCUGAGUAUUUGGGGAAUCUAUUUGAGCUACAUUUCUUCAGUUUUGCAAUCGAGAAGUCUCUUGAUAUAGUUCUGAAUUCUGAAAUUUCGUGUUCUACUUCUGAAGUUUUGAACCAGUAGAUAUGAAGUUAAGAUUCCUGUUUUCACUGCAUCUCACCAUUCUAACUGGUUUGAUCUGUAAUGAUUUGGACCAUUUGGUCGGACCUGACCUACCAGGUUAAUCAUGAAAAGAUGUCCAGUCAACUUUCAUGGAGGUGGGAGCUACUGAACCUAUGUGAAUUUGUCUUUCUUGGGGGAUUUUAUUGAUGAUGACCUCUGAUGCGAACGAAGAUCUUCAACCUAGAAUAGAUAAUUGGGUUUGUUUCAUUUACAGAGAGGAAUCACUGCCUUAAGGUGGAGGAAGGUAUCCAUGGGAUCAUCAACUCAUUUGUCACCAGCAUUUUGCCUGUACAUACAGAACUUUUUUUUAUAGAAGGAAACACUGGCAAAUAAAGAACAGCUUUAACCUUGAAGCAUCUUGUUGGAAAAUCAAGGGCCUCACUUGAAUGGAUGUUCAUAGAGUAGAGACAUGACAGAGGUUUCUUUAAGAAGCUGUCAUUCAAUUGCUGUGAUGUACUUGACGAAUGGUCUGUACUAUAUUUGUUUUGCAGGAUUUUCUCUUGGUUAAUUUAGUCUCGCAAACAAAAUCCUUCAGUUUCCUGCCAUGUGAGCUAGGAAUUCAAACCAACAAUAUCAUAACUAACCAAAUUCUUUAAACAGUUUCAAUAACCUAAACCAUUUUUUAUAUAACAAAUUCUUUGACCUGAACCAUGUACAUAUACCAGUUUAUAUGCGAAAAUAAGGUACAUACUUACAUUACAUAAAACCAUUUGUUUUAUCAUCACAAAUGAGCUAGAAUUGAAACCUAGCCCUCAAAUCUAUUCAUCUCUCUGUUGAUCUUCUGUUCAUAAGAAUUACAACACCUAGUUUGUAUCAAACAUCUAUUACAAGAUUGGCUGCAAAUGAAUCCUUUAUUCUUUGCCAGGAUACUUUCAGGGAAUAAGUUUGUGAAUGCCUCUGUUGGGAAAGGUGUUUGGUAUGAUGGUGAUGGAUAGAAUUGAAUAAUUUUGGAUGGUUUGGUGGUGUUUCAGCACAUUUUUUGUAUUCUUUGCCAUGUUCCGAAGCUUACUCAAUGCUUGUUGGAAUUUACACCGACUAUGCUUUUACAUCCAAGGCAUCCGAAGAUGAUGGACGUGGCUGAGUAUACUUCUCAUAAUAAAUUUUCACGGAGUAGUCUGCACUUUUGUAUGCUUUCCUUUGUUUAUUGGGUUAUCAUCCAUCUUUACACAUAACACAGUUAUCAUGGGGCGCCAGAACCCUAGUCAUCGUGCAUCAUCCACUGUGGUGGUUUGCUCCGUUCUGCUUGCAAUCAUUACUUCUGUUAUGGGUCCUGUCUAUCCCCAUUCAUACCACGAGUCACCAGUCCUGAUGUUGACCAUAAACAAAAGUGUACUGUGUUUUGGAUUGUAAUUAUGUUUAUGUAUCUUCAAAUUAUUCGCAGCUUAUAAUUUGUAAUACAAACAUGCCUUCCAGUUUCGAAACAAAUGAAAUGUAAAAAUUUGAACAGGUGUUUCUGAGGAUUAUUCAGAGUAAUGCUUUUGAGAAAUAA